GUGCUGGGCGAGGAGCAGCAGCGGUCGCGUUUGCUGUACCCAGCCCUGCAGUUGGAGUUGACGCUUGGAGUCGCUCUCCAAGAAAAGGGAAAACUGAGCCCAAGUCUCGUUGAGCCGUGUUCUCUUCCUGCUGAGCUGAGCGCCUCCAUGCAGUCCUGGCUCUGGAAUCAUCCUUCCUCCUCCCGUGGAAGGGGAACGCUGCCCCUGGGCUGCCUGGCUCCGACAGCUGGGGCUUGAUGGCUGAGCUCCGAGGCUGCUUGGGGAGUGGAGCAGGUCUGGAGCCAGCUAUGACCCCACAGCAGGCACUGGGGUCAGGGUGAGAGAAUUUAAGCUUCACUAAGGGCAGGACCCAGAAGAGAAACUGGGGCUGGAUGGGGGGGGGGGAGCACACUGAGGGAACAGAUGAAAUGCUGCUGUCAGCAGCAACCUGAGGAGAGCAAGGUCCUUCUGAGCUCCGUGGAGCACUCCCCACGCCUCCAGCCCGGGCACAAUUCACCUCCAGGUUUUUGUGCCCCCUCCACUCGGUGACAGUGGGCAUCCCAAUGGUGUGGCACUGAGCACCCUGGAGCUCGGCACUGCUGGCCAAUGGCACCAGAGCAAUGUGGGGUGACGACUGAGCCGAGGGGUGUCCGGGGACCCCUGUGCCCUGCUGGGAGCAGCAGUCUCAAUUCCCCAUUUGCAGGAGCGUUUCCUUGAGCCCAUAGCAGCUGUAGGGCACCGUGAUCCCCAAAUGACUUUCGGUUCCCCUGCAGCACCACGAGUGGGGCAGAGCGACCUGGGCCUGUGAGUGGGGGCACCACUGGCCAUGGGAGCGCUCGGACAGGGCUUGGGGCAGCCCGACCCGGUGGAAGGACUGCUGUAGGACUGCUGUAGGACUGCUCUACGGACCCCUUGGCACGCUCCCACGGCCAACAGGAAGGCGGAUGCCGUGCACCGUGGAGCUGUGGGGUCCUACGCCGGCACGGUGCUGCUUCAGCCCCAUUUCUUGGUCCAGCACCAGAUCUCAAUUCCCCAUUUGCAGGACACAGGGCAUGCCGGCCUUCAAACAGCUUUCACUUCCCCCCAUCACUUCGCUGACGCCUCAGUCAUCUGAUUGCUGCCCAGGGCUGCCCUCUGGCUUGGCGCUGCUGCAGUACCAUUACGACUGCGGGGACUUUGGCAUGCAGCUGCUGGCGUACCCCACGCGUGGCCGCACCGUGCACUUCAAGGUCCUGGAUGAGUUUGGCACCCGCUUCGAAGUGGCCAACUGCUCCAUCUGCAUGCACUGGCUCAACACUGGGGAGGACGGUGGGCUCAUCUUCUCAGCCGGCUACGAGGGCUGCCACGUGUUGGUGAAGGAUGGCCGCUACGUGCUGCGGGUGCAGCUGGAGGAGAUGCUGCUCAGUGGGGUGGUGGCUGCCUCCUACGAGGUGAACAUGACGUGCCCACGGCCAGCUGGCUAUGAGAUCCUCAGAGAUGAGAAGGUGCACGGCCACCAGCGGCCCGACCGGGGCAACGGUGCCCUGUCAAGUCAUGGUGUCGAUGUCCUCAUCCCCCGGCCACGGCCCGGCCUCCUGCAGCACACAGCCCAUUCUGCCCUGGCCAUCCCCCGCCCCCAGCUGCCCCCCGGAGCCCCCGUGGAGCAGAGUCACUCCAUGGCACACACUCAAUCCAUCCUGGGGCACUCGGAGCUGCAGCACCAGCCUCAGCCCGGCACGGGGCACCUGAGACCCCAGCCCCAAAACCAACCCGGGAUGAUCCAUGCUAGUGGUCAAACCCAGAUGGGUGUCCUUCGUCCAGGUCUUCAGUCCCAAAACCAGCCUGGGAUGGUGCAUGCCGGAGGUCAAAUCCAUCCAGGGGUCCUUCGGCCAGGUCUUCAGUCCCAAAAUCAGCACGGGCUGCUGAAUGUUGGUAGCCAAACCCAACCGGGUGUCCUUCGCCCAGGUCUUCAGUCCCAAAACCAGCAAGGAUUAGUGCGUCCAGGGAGUGAAACCCAACCAGGUGUCCUUCGCCCGGGUCUUCAGUCUUCAAACCAGCACGGAUUAGCACAGCCAGGGGGUCAAACCCAACUGGGUGUCCUUCGCCCGGGUCUUCAGUCCCAAAACCAGCAUGGAUUAGCGCGCCCAGGGGGUCAAUCCCAACCGGGUGUCCUUCGCCCAGGUCUUCAAUCCUCAAACCAGCAUGGAUUAGUGCGCCCAGGGAGCGAAAGCCAACCAGGUGUCCUUCACCCAGGACUUCAGUCCCCAAACCAGCAUGGAUUACUGUAUCCAGGGGGUCAAUCCCAACCGGGUGUCCUUCGCCCAGGUCUUCAAUCUCAAAGCCAGCAUGGAUUACUGCAUCCAGGGGGUCAAUCCCAACCGGGUGUCCUUCGCCCGGGUCUUCAGUCUCAAAAUCAGCAUGGAUUACUGCAUCCAGGGGGUCAAUCCCAACCAGGUGCCCUUCGCCCGGGUCUUCAGCUCCAGAACCAGCCUGGGCUUGCGCAUGCUGGUAGUCAAACCCAAGCAGGUCUUUUUCACUCAGGUCUCCAGCCCCUGAACCAGCCCAGCUUAGUGCGGCCCGGGCUGCAGCCUGGCUUGAUGCACACCAGCACUCAUACACAAGCAGGGUUUGUCCGCCCGGGCCUCCAGCCCCAAAGCCAGCUGGGCAUGCUUCUCCCCAGCCUCCAGUCCCACGCCCAAGGCAGCCUCCUGCGCCCCAGCCUCCAGAGCCAAGCAGGGCUGCUGCAACCCAGCCAGCCCCGACCAGGGCUGCUGCGCCCAGGGCUGCCAUCACGACCAGGGCUGGUGAGCCCAGGGCUGCAGUCCCAAGCCCAGCCUGGGCUGCUGCAUCCCACGGCUCUCUUCUACCCCUCAGCGGGGGCAGGCGAGCCGCUGACACGGGAGCAGUGCCAGGUGGCAGUGGGGAGGCUGUCCUGCGUGUCCCCGCCGGGCCGUGAUGCCUGCCUGCAGGCAGGCUGCUGCUUCGACGACACAGACCGUGCGACGCCCUGCUAUUACGGCAACACAGCCACCGUGCAGUGCCUGCCCGAGGGCCACUUCGUGCUGGUGGUGCCGCGGGGGCUGUCGGCGCAGCCCUACAACCUGGACAGCGUGCGCCUGGCCAGCACCCAGCCUGGCUGCCAGCCCACCCAGACCACCGACGCCUUCGUCCUCUUCCACUUCCCCGUCACGCAGUGUGGCACCACUGUGCAGGUGAUUGAGGACCGGCUGGUCUAUGAGAACCAGCUCAUCUCCACCAUUGACGUCCAGCCAGGGCCCCGCGGCUCUGUCACCCGUGACAGUGUCUACAUCCUCCACGCCCGUUGCAUCUACAACGCCACGGAGCUGCUGCCGCUGAGCCUGGAGGUGGCCGUGCCCCCCACUGCUGCCCCUCUGGCACAGCCUGGGCCACUCCAGCUGCAGCUUCGCAUCGCCACCGAUGAGAGCUACAGCUCCUACUACCCUGACGCCGACUACCCGCUGGUGAAGGUGCUGCGGGACCCCAUCUACGUGGAGGUGCGGCUGCUGCAGAAGACCGACCCCAAUCUGGUGCUGGUGCUGCACCAGUGCUGGGCAGCCCCCAGCACCAGCCCGGCGGCCGAGCCCCAGUGGCCCAUCCUGGUGGACGGGUGCCCCUUUUCUGGGGACAACUACAGGACGCAGCUGGUGCCGGUGGGACCCGCCACGCUGCAGCUGCCCUUCCCCAGCCACUACCAGCGCUUCGCCAUCUCCACCUUUGCCUUCGUGGACAGCCCUUCCAUGGUGGUGCUGGAGGGAGAGGUGUACAUCCUGUGCAGCGCCUCCGUGUGCCACCUGUCACAGCCCGAGCCCUGCCGGCCCUCCUGCCAAGUGGCCGUGCCUUCCCGGGCCCGACGAGCUGCAGCGGACAGGAAGUCAGCAGACAUCUUGGGCACGGUCACCUCCCGGGGACGCAUCGUCCUGCCGCAGGGUCCUGCAGCGGGGAGGCGUUAAGCAUGUGCUGCCGCCUCCUUGCUCCUCCUCCUGGUCAGGACCUCCUGCUCCGGUUGCAGCGGGGGCAAGCGGGAACAAUAAAUCAGCGACUGGCAAAGA